UUGGUCUUUGCUCCUACACGACUGGUGUAUAUUCACAAGUAUUCAUUAAUAUUUAUCAAUGCCCAGCGCUGGUACACUUGCCAUGGCAAUUGUAUAUACUCCCACAUGGAUUGUUUAGUUGACCAGUUCAUAUACGUUUAUCAAGUUCUCUCAUCAGUGAAUUAAAUUAAAUAAGUCAGUUCGAAAUGGAUCCCGAACAGAAGAAGGUCGUUGCUGUUGCAAGCUAUAUUGCUUUGAGCUGUGCGUACUCGUUAAAAAAAAAAGCCAAAAGAGAAAAACGUAAAAGAAGAUGGUGGAUGGUUUCUAUUCUUCAAAGUCGUGAGAGGUAUAGUGCUACAAAUAUGCUGAGUGAUUUAAAUAAAGAACCAUCGGGAAAAUUCGAAAAUUUUUGUAGGAUGUCUGCAAGUGAUUUUGAGUACUUGAUUAAUAAAAUAGGGCCUCUCAUCACAAAAAAAGACACAAAUAUGAGGAAAGCUAUUCCAGCCCAGGAAAGAUUGGCCAUAACAUUACGGUUUUUAGCUUCGGGAGAUAGCUUUGUAAGUUUGUCUUACCUAUUUAAGGUAUCAAAUCAGAUUAUUUCAUCUAUAGUACACGAAGUUUGCAGUGCUUUAGUUCAAAUCCUAAAAGAUGAAAUAAAAAUGCCUACCAGCCCACAAGAAUGGAAAACCAUUUCAACAGAGUGGGAGGAAAAAUGGAAUUAUCCUCACUGUAUAGGUGCCAUGGAUGGCAAACAUAUAAUUACACAGUGCCCCAUUAACAGUGGAUCCGAAUAUAUUAAUUAUAAAGGAACAUUUAGUGUUGUGCUGAUGGCAUUAGUAGAUGCAAAUUAUAAUUUUUUAUAUGCCGACAUUGGGUGUCAGGGCAGAAUUAGUGAUGGUGGCGUUUUUAGAAACACAACAUUGUUCAAAAAAAUUGAAAAUAACGUAUUAUUACUUCCGGCAGAUCAACCCUUACCUACUAAGACUCUUCCUAUGCCAUAUGUAAUUGUAGCAGAUGAUGCCUUUGCCUUAUCUACAAAUAUAAUGAAACCUUAUCCGGGGCCCUAUGCUAAGGGUAGUGUUGAAAGGGUGUUUAACUACCGUCUUUCACGUGCUCGCCGGGUAGUCGAAAAUGUGUUCGGAAUAAUGGCGUCUACUUUUCGUAUGCUAAGGAAACCUAUAUUAUUAGAACCAGAAAAAGUUACCAGCAUUGUUAUGGCAUGUGUUUUAUUACACAACUUUUUGAGAAAAAGUAGAACAUCGUCGUUAAGAUAUACUCCACUCCGCACAAUCGACUCUGAGAAUGAAGGAGAGUUUAUACCAGGAACAUGGCGAAAUGAAAUUGACGACCGAUCAUCAAUGAUACCAUUAAGAAAUGUCGCGAGAAAAUCAGGAUUAGAAGCCAAGAAAAUAAGGGAUGAAUUCGCCGAAUAUUUUUCAACUACUGAUAAAUUACCAUGGCAAGACAAAUAUUGUUAA